AUGAAAAUGUUUUCUGUGUACUACCCCAACCACCAAUUUCACCCCUGGGCAUUCGGAUCACAACCUUGCGAGGAUUUCUUUGCAAAAUUGCGCUGGUUUUGCAGAGGAAAGCCAAACCUUACACUGCUGGACAUGAUCGACCUUUCCAGUAGAGUUCAAAAGUUAGAAAAACUUAAAUCGCGCAGUGUCAAUCCAGACAUUCAACCACCGAACUGGCCUCAGGACAUUGACGUGGAACUCAAAGAAGGAAUGAUGAUGGCAGAGAGAGAGGUUCUAAAAACACUGCAACUGAUAGGAAUGCUACCAGCUUUGGUAAAGGGUAACAUCCUUAAAGAAGAUGGUGACGACAUAAUUUGCCUUAAUACACCAGGCUUAGGAACCUUUGCAGUAUGGGAAUCUCCUGAUGAGAACAAUGUAACUGCCAGCGACGAGCUCCUUGACUUGGAGAGCGAAGUACUUCUAACAGCAAUCGAAGAACAUUGUACUUCUUCCUCCAAUGCCUUAAUUGAUUUGGCUGCAGCAACUUGUUUACAUCAGUCUGAACAGGUAGAGUCAGAAGAGGAAGAUGAAGAUAGCCCUACUCAUUGCGCAUUGUACAAGGAAAAGAAAUGCAAGUAUAAUAAUUCAACAUUCAAACCUCCAAAAAAAACAUUCUGGUUAGGUUGCAAUUAUCCUUGUUGUAAUGCAUGGUAUCACGAACAGUGCCUAUCCCUUCAGUUCACAGGGAGUAUGAGGGUCAAUUCUAUCACAUUGCCGAAUUUCUGUCCUUACAGGAGGGCAAAGUAUACCGUCCAGCCACUUCACGAUUAG